GCCUUCUUGACAGGGCCUGAACCCUAGUAAGACAGGGAUCGGCCUCAGCCAUGGUCCUUUAGUAGGAAUUUGUGAAGUUAGCGAAAUAACGCUUUUAAUAAUUUAGCUGAGGGAAUAAGCUCUAUAUGAGACGAUUGUUAAUCAUCCGUCAGGAAGUCGAUUGACCAGGUUGCUUGCCAGGCAGGUAACUUCGCACUUUACUCUGUGAGGGUAGUUAACGUUAGCCAUUCAACGAAGCACCUCUACAAUUUGAUCCUGGUGUCUAUUUCAAGAUGUCAAAUGCUGGGUUCAGUUCUCAGAACGGGGCAGGUGGACAGCCGUACGCAAAUGGUCCAACACAAGGCGCGUUUCCAGUGCAGCCGGUGAGCCAAGGUUACGGCUUACCUGGCCAACUGGGUUACCAUAACCAGGUGCCCGCCAAGGGCCCCAUGCCACCCGGCCCGGGCCUCUACAAUGCUGCCCCCCCGGUCAGCGCCUACCAGGGUAGCCUCAUGCCCCCCACCAUGCCUGUCAGACCGCCCAUGGGAGGGCCACUACCACCCCCCAUGCAGCCCGGGCAGACGCCCCCUCCCUCCCAGAACUCUGUGCCACCCCCCAUGGCAACGACAAACAGCUACUAUCCCAAUGCCCAGAACCCCCCGGUGUCCAGCUGGAACUAUGGGCCGCGCCCGCCUCCACCCAUGGGCAUGGCGACGCCUCCGCCUGGGAACCACGUGACGUCGUCCCCCAGCCCUGUGCCCAAUCCGGCCUCCCAGGGCUUCAGUGCUCCUCCCCCGGGCCCCAACACGUCAAUGGCACCCGGUCCCCCGCUGCCUCCCUCAUCACUCAGCAGCUGGUCUCAGCCAGGCUCUGUUCCACCUCCACCCAUGAACGCCAUGAGCCCACAGCCCUACCAGUACGGACCCCCGCCCACAGGGCCACCGCCACCAGCCAUGAGACCAACACCACCCCCCACCAUGCCCCCUGGCACCGCCACCCCUCCCCCUGCCAUGCCACCCCAAAAUGAAGGAAUGAGACAAACCCACACGCCCACCUCCCAAGUUCCCAACAGCUUUGAGGGUGGCGAAGGAGGCUACACGCACCCCCCCACUUCUCAGCCCGGCCCACCACUGGGGAGGCCAGGGGGCCACGCCUACCCUUCACUACCACCAGGCUACCAGAACACGGCCGCGCCCUCCGGCAUGCCCCCCUCACACCUCGCACCGCCUUACAGCGCCGGGCCCUCCGCUUACCAACAGCCGUCGAUGGGCGCUGCCCAGCUGAGUCCGUCUCUGGCGGGGCUGAGUCUGCAGUCCCAAACGCCGGACGCCCUGCGUGUGGUCAACCUGCUGCAGGAGCGCAACCUGCUGCCGCCCACUGCCAUCACGCCCCCCACGCCCCCCCUGCCCCAGGACAUCCAGAAGCUCAACUGCCACCCAGAUGUAUUCCGCAGCACUCUGACCAGCAUCCCCCAGACACAGGCGCUCCUCAACAAGGCCAAGCUGCCCCUCGGCCUGCUGCUCCACCCCUUCAAAGACCUCUCGCAGCUUCCAGUGGUGACCUCCAGCACUAUCGUCAGGUGUCGCUCCUGCAGGACAUACAUCAACCCCUUCGUCAACUUCCUGGACCAGCGGCGGUGGAAGUGCAACCUCUGCUACCGGGUCAACGAUGUGCCCGAAGAGUUCAUGUACAACCCAGUCAGCAGAUCCUACGGAGAGCCCCACAAACGACCAGAAGUCCAGAACGCCACCAUUGAGUUCAUCGCUCCCUCUGAAUACAUGCUGAGACCACCCCAGCCCGCUGCUUACCUGUUUGUCCUCGACGUGUCCCACAAUGCCGUGCAGACGGGAUACAUAGACGUUGUCUGUCAAUCACUUCUCGAAAACCUCAACGCGCUGCCAGGAGAUACGAGGACGAAGAUCGGCUUCAUCACGUUUGACACCACCAUCCACUUCUACAAUCUCCAGGAGGGCCUGUCUCAGCCACAGAUGCUCAUCGUGUCCGAUCUAGAAGAUGUAUUUUUACCCACACCAGACAGCCUUUUAGUAAACCUCAAUGAAUGCAAGGAGCUGGUCCAGGAUCUGCUGAAGAGCCUGCCCCAGAUGUUCAGCAAGACCAUGGAGACCCAGUGUGCCCUGGGCCCGGCGCUGCAGGCCGCCUUCAAGCUGCUGUCCCCCACGGGGGGCCGCAUGUCCGUCUUCCAGAGCCAGCUCCCCACUCUGGGGGUUGGAGCCCUCAAGUCCCGGGAGGACCCCAACCAGAGGGCCUCUGCCAAGGACAUUCAGCAUCUGUCUCCUGCCACUGACUUCUAUAAGAAGUUGGCGCUGGACUGCUCUGGGCAGCAGGUGGCUGUGGACCUCUUCAUGCUCAGCUCGCAGUACUGUGACCUGGCCUCGCUGGGCUGCAUAUCGCGCUACUCCGCAGGAAGUGUCUACUACUACCCCUCGUACCACAACCAGCACAACCCCGCCCAGACCGAGCGCUUCCAGAAGGACCUCAAGCGCUACCUCACCCGCAAGAUCGGCUUCGAGGCAGUCAUGAGGAUACGAUGCACCAAAGGCCUCUCCAUACACACGUUCCACGGGAACUUCUUUGUGCGUUCGACGGACCUGCUGUCGCUGCCCAACGUAAACCCGGACGCCGGCUUCGCUGUUCAGAUGUCCAUUGAGGAGAACCUGACGGACAUGCAGGUGGUCUCCUUCCAGGCCGCGCUGCUCUACACCUCCAGCAAAGGUGAAAGGAGGAUCCGAGUGCACACCAUGUGUCUACCUGUGGUCAACUCGCUGUCUGACAUCUUUGCUGGAGCUGAUGUGCAAGCAAUCACAGGCCUCCUGGCCAGCAUGGCGGUGGAUCGCUCUGUGGCGGCGAGCAUGAGUGACGCCCGGGAUGCGAUGACCAAUGCUGUGAUCGACUCGCUGUCCUCGUACCGCACCGCUGUGCUCACCAUCCAGCAGCCGGGCCUGCUCACGCCCAACUGCCUGCGCCUCUUCCCCCUUUACAUACUGGCCCUGCUCAAACAGAAAGCGUUCCGGACGGGCACCAGCACUCGACUGGACGACCGCGUGUUUGCCAUGUGUCAGCUGAAGUACCAGCCUCUGGCUUACCUCAUGCUCAUGAUCCACCCAGCGCUCUACCGAGUGGACACCCUGACCGACGAGGGGGCGCUGAACGUCAACGACCGCACCAUCCCCCAGCCCGGCGUGCUGCAGCUGUCUGUGGAGAAGCUGAGCAGGGAAGGAGCCUUCCUCAUGGAUGCCGGCACGGUGAUGUAUCUGUGGGUGGGGAGGAAUUGCAACCCUCAGUUCUUAACCCAGGUCCUUGGGGUCCCAAACUACCCGGCUGUCCCUCAGAGCAUGACUCAGCUGCCAGAACUGGACACGGCCGAGUCUACGCGGACCAGGGCGUUUGUGGGCUGGCUGAGGGAACAGAGGCCAUUUUAUCCCACCCUGCACGUCAUCAAGGAUGAGAGCCAGCUGAAGGCCAACUUCAUGCAGAACAUGGUGGAGGACCGGACCGAGUCGGCGCUGUCUUACUACGAGUUCCUGCUGCACGUACAGCAGCAGAUCUCCAAGUGAUCCUGGAGGAGGCCAUGAAGAGGGGUGGAGGAGAUCCCUGGAGGAGGAGGAGGAGGAGGAUCUGGAUCUGGCAGUAUUGACAGGGUUGGGGGU